CUCUUGAGAGGCUGUGAUUUACGCGGAGAAAACGAGCUGUUACUGCAGUACGAUAAGAGUUUAUUAUGAACUGGUGAAUGAAUGCUAGUAGAUUUGCAACUGUUUAAAGGUCUGGGUUUGCCCCUUACACUGUGCGCAGACUGAAACCUGGAUGAGCCAAUUAAACGAGUGACAUCAUGAUGCACAUAGAAUAAGGUGGAGUAAAAACAAGUGUCCAGAUUCAAUAUAGAGAGUUAACAGACAUGCCAUCAACACAACUCUCAGGUGUGAAAAAAAGAAGCCAGCGCGUUACAAUAAUGCAGAGAUCACCUCUAGAAAAUGCCAACUUCUUCUCCAAACUUUUAUUCUGCUGGCCAUCAGCAAUUUUAAGAAAGGGAUACAGGCAGAAAUUAGAAAUAUCAGACAUAUUCAAGGUCUCGUCUUGUGAUUCUGCAGACACUCUGUCAGAGAAAUUAGAAAGAGAAUGGGACAGAGAGCUUGCAACAUCAAAGAAAAACCCCAGUCUCUUCAAAGCAAUCCGGCGAUGCUUUUUCUGGCAGUUUGCCUUUUAUGGAAUCCUCCUAUACCUUGGGGAAGCAUCAAAAUCUGUACAGCCCCAGCUCCUGGGAAGAAUAAUAGCUUCUUACGAUCCAGCUCAUGAAGAGGAACGGCAGAUGGGAUUCUACCUGGCCUUCGGCCUCUCCUUACUUUUCAUUGCAAGGAUGUUCCUAUUGCAUCCUGCCAUCUUUGGUCUUCAUCAUCUGGGAAUGCAGAUCAGAAUAGCUUUGUUUAGCUUAAUUUACAAAAAGACUCUAAAGCUGUCCAGUAGAGUCCUAGAUACAAUUAGCACCGGUCAGCUAAUUAGCCUGAUGUCUAACAAUCUCAACAAGUUUGAUGAGGGUCUUGCACUAGUACACUUUGUCUGGAUUGCACCACUGCAGUGUAUUCUGCUGAUGGGAUUUAUCUGGGAGCUGAUUGGGGCCUCUGCAUUUUCUGGACUGGCAGCUCUGACACUUCUUGCCAUUAUCCAAGCCUGUCUUGCCCAAAGGAUUGAGCACUACAGAACUCAGAGGGCAGGAAAAACCAAUGAAAGGCUGGUAAUUACAUCAGAAGUUAUUGAAAACCUCCUUUCAGUAAAAGCUUAUGGCUGGGAGGAGGCUAUGGAAAAAAUCAUUGAUGCCAGCAGACAGGCUGAGGUGAAGCUCACCAGAAAGACUGCUUACCUCAAAUACUUCAACAGUGCAGCCUUUUUCUUCUCUGCCUUCCUCGCAGUCAUUGUGUCUGUGGUGCCCUAUGCUCUCAGUCAUGGAAUAAUCCUUCGCAAAAUAUUCACCACCUUGUCCUACUGCAUGAUCCUCCGAAUGACUAUCACCAGGCAGUUUCCUGGGUCUGUGCAAAUGUGGUACGAUUCCCUGAGAGUUAUCCAGAGGAUUGAGGACUUCCUUAAAAAAGAUGAAUAUAAAGCACUGGAUUACAAUCUUUCAGCAACAGAAGUUGAAAUGGUGAAUGUAACAGCAUCUUGGGAUGAGGCUAUAGGAGAGCUGUUUGAAAAAGUAAAGCAACAAAGUGACAUUCCCAAUGGAGAGGACGGCCUGUUCUUCAGCAACUACCCCCUGUACAUAACACCUGUCCUGAGAAACAUCAGCUUGCAUUUGGAAAAGGGGAAAAUGUUGGCAGUAGCCGGAUCAACAGGCUCAGGCAAGAGCUCUCUUCUGAUGAUGAUCAUGGGAGAACUGGAGCCGUCGGAGGGAAUUAUUAAGCACAGCGGCCGCAUCUCCUUCUCCCCUCAGAUGUCAUGGAUCAUACCCGGAACCAUUAAAGAGAACAUUAUAUUUGGUCUCUCUUAUGAUGAAUACAGAUAUACCAGUGUUGUCAAGGCUUGUCAACUUGAAGAGGACUUUGCACUGCUCCCAGUGAAAGAUGGCACAGUGCUUGGAGAUGGUGGGGUCACAUUAAGUGGUGGACAGCGUGCCAGGAUCUCCUUGGCCAGAGCCGUGUACAAAGACGCUGAUCUAUAUCUAUUGGAUUCACCUUUUAGCCAUCUGGACAUCCUGACCGAGAAGGACAUAUUUGAAAGAUGCAUUUGCACUCUGAUGGUCAGCAAAACACGUAUUCUGGUCACAUCAAAGCUGGAGCACCUAAAAAAGGCUGACAAGAUCUUGCUGCUGCACAAUGGCCAGUGCUAUUUCUAUGGUACCUUCACUGAGCUACAAAGCCAGAAGUCUGAUUUCAGCUCGCUGCUCAUGGGCUUGCAGGCUUACGACAAUUUCAAUGCAGAAAGAAGAACCUCCAUCCUGACAGAAACCCUUCGCCGUUGUUCAGUCGAUAGCGAAGCAGGCUUCUGCUCUGAUCCUGUGAGGCCCUCAUUUAAACAACCAGGGGCAGAAUUAAAUGAAAAGAGGAAGACAUCUCUGAUUGUUAAUCCUCUUACUGCUGGCAGGAAGUUCUCAAGUGUAGGAGAGGACACUUUGAGUGAGGCCGGGGAACGAAAGCUGUCUUUCGUCCCAGACUCUGAGCCGGGAGAAGGGGGCAUACCAAGGAGUAACUUAUUAAACACAGAUCCCACCAUUCGUGGACAGAGGCGACAGUCAGUGUUGGCCUUUAUGACUGGCGCUCAGAAACAAGGGCGCCAAGCUCGGCGAAACUCUACAUUUCAGCAAAGAAUGUCCAUUGCUCCGCAGAGCUCGGUUGCUAUAGAAUUGGACAUUUAUGCAAGACGCUUAUCUAAAGACAGCAGUUUUGAUUUGAGCGAAGACAUCGACGAAGAAGACUUAAAGGAAUGUUUUACUGAAGAUCACGAAGGCCGCAAUGAAAGGACCGCAUGGAGCACUUACCUUCGAUACGUCACAUCUAAUAGAAACCUUGUUUUGGUUCUUAUCUUUAUCCUAGUUGUAUUUAUAAUUGAGGUUGGAGGGUCCUUUUUUGGAAUAUAUGUGGUCAAUGAAUGGAUCAAGAAAAAUGAAAGUGUUGGAAAUGCAUCUGCUCCAGUACACCAAGCAGUGAUAGUUACCAAUACCAGCGCUUACUAUAUCAUUUACAUUUAUGUGGCAACUGCUGAAAGCCUUCUGGCACUCGGAUUCUUUAGAGGGCUUCCUUUGGUUCACACUCUGAUAACCGUCUCGAAGAGUCUGCACAAGAAGAUGCUUGAAUCAGUUUUACGAGCUCAAAUGUCUGUCUUAAAUACAAUGAAGACAGGUCGAAUUAUAAACAGGUUCACAAAAGAUAUUGCUGUCAUCGAUGAUAUGCUGCCACUUGUUAUAUUCGACGUUGUGCAGUUGGUGCUGAUUGUACUGGGAGCCAUGCUUGUGGUCUCGGUAAUGGAGCCCUACGUCUUCCUGGCUGCCAUCCCUGUUAUUGUAGCUUUUGUCAUGUUGCGGGCCUACUUUCUCCGUACAUCACAGCAGCUGAAACAACUUGAAUCUGAAGCUCGUAGUCCAAUUUUUUCCCAUCUCAUAACAUCUCUAAAGGGACUCUGGUCAAUCCGGGCUUUUGGAAGACAGGCUUAUUUUGAAACCCUUUUCCACAAGGCCUUGAACGUUCAUACUGCUAACUGGUUCCUCUACUUGUCCACACUGCGCUGGUUCCAGAUGAGGAUUGAUAUGAUAUUCGUCAUCUUCUUUAUUGUUGUUGCCUUCGUUUCUGUUGGAACAAACGGUAGUGGGGAAGGAAAAGUUGGAAUAAUUAUAACAUUAGCCAUGAAUAUUAUGAGUACCUUACAGUGGGCAGUGAACUCCAGCAUUGCUAUGGACAGUCUGAUGCGCUCCGUGAGCAGGAUAUUCAAAUUCAUCGACCUGCCUCAAGAAGCACCUAAAAUCUGUGACAAGCAGAAAAGCAGCAUGUCUGAAAGCCUGGUUAUUAAGAACCCACACACAGAUCAGGAAUGGCCGUCUACAGGCCAAAUGACUGUCAGCAACCUAACAGCAAAGUACACAGAAGGAGGCCGAACUAUCCUUGAAAACCUCUCAUUUUCAGUAAUUUCUGGACAUAGGUUGGGCAUUUUGGGAAGAACUGGUUCAGGAAAGAGCACGUUACUGUCCGCAUUGUUACGGCUGGUGUCAACAAACGGGGAGAUCAUGAUUGAUGGGGUCUCGUGGAAUUCAGUCACUUUGCAGGAAUGGAGAAAAGCAUUUGGUGUUCUCCCACAGAAAGUAUUUAUAUUCUCCGGGACAUUCCGUAAGAAUCUGGACCCACAUGGGAAAUGGAGCGAUGAAGAGCUAUGGAGAGUUACUGAAGAGGUUGGCCUGAAGUCUGUCAUUGAGCAGUUUCCAGAUAAACUGGAUUUUGUUCUGUUGGAUGGAGGCUAUGUCCUUAGUAAUGGUCACAAACAGUUGAUGUGCCUAGCCAGGUCAAUCCUGAGUAAAGCCAAAAUCCUGCUUCUGGAUGAACCCAGUGCACACCUGGACCCCAUAACCUUUCAGAUUAUAAGGAAGACACUAAAGCAUGCUUUUGCCAACUGCACUGUCAUGCUGUCAGAACACAGACUAGAAGCCAUGCUUGAGUGUCAGUCUUUUCUGGUGAUCGAAGGCAGUUCAGUGAAACCCUAUGAUAACAUUCAGAUGCUCUUGAAUGAAUCUAGUCUAUUGAAGCAGGCAAUAAGCAGUGCUGAGCGUAUGAAGCUUUACCCUCUGCAUCGCCGGAACUCCAGCAAGCGUAAGCCACGGCCAAAGAUCACUGCGUUACAAGAGGAGGCAGAGGAGGAUGUACAAGACACUAGGCUGUAAUGCACAACACCCUGGUGCACCUGGUUUCACUUAUAGUAAAGAUAUCGACUUGAAAAAGAAGAUUCGAAAGCACAGCAGCACUGUGUGUGUGUGUGUGUGUAUAUAUAUAUAUGCUUUUUAUGAACCAAUUUAUAUAGCUCACACAUUUUAGUCUAUUUUAAAUACAUGUGUUUUAUUUUACCUGCUCCCUGCCAACAGGAAUUAAAUUACCCUACCCUUUUGUAUUUCGGGCACUAAGUUUAUCUGUGUAAGGACAUCUAUUCAUUAAAAAUGUCAUUUACCUUAGACAGCACAGCCAGCUUGACUUGCUUCAGUCAUAUGGUUAUGUUCAGUCAACAGAAAAUGAAUGCCUGUUCAGUUACAGUUAUGUCAUUUUUUAGGGUCUAAUUUAGCAGGGUCGGUGACUCAUUUCUGUAGUAUAAUGCAAGUGUAUGCCAUGAUGAAUUGGGUCAGCAUAAAAGUGUGAUCCGAAGGAGCAUUCAAGAGAAUGGUGACUGGUUUGUUAUUCUAGUAUAGUGUAUACUGUAGGUAUAGUAACUAAAUUGCAUAUGCCUUGUAAAAUGAUGUUUUGACACAUUGUAUAAAUAAUUACCAAAUUUUA